AUGGCUGACUACGACGAGACAUAUGAGGAGGAGUUUUACGAUGAUGCGGAGGAGGGCAUCACCUCGGAGGACUGCUGGACCGUGAUCUCUUCGUUUUUCGACACGAAGGGUCUGGUGUCCCAGCAGUUGGACUCGUUUGAUGAAUUCAUUUCGUCGACGAUGCAGGAACUGGUGGAGGAACAAGGACAGGUCGUUCUUGAUCAGACUCUCCCGCCAAAUGAAGACGAAGUGGACCCCGUGGUCGUGCGUCGGUAUGAGCUUAAGUUCGGCACCGUCAUGCUCUCGCGACCGUCCGUGACUGAGGGCGAUGGUGCGACUACGAUCAUGCUGCCGCAGGAAGCACGUCUCCGAAAUUUGACCUACGCCAGUCCGCUGUACCUGGGUGUCACGAAGCGGAUCAUGGAAGGGCGAGAGCGACGAGUUGCCGAUCGCGACGAUGAGGAGACCGUCGAGGCCGAUGAAAACCAGAAGAACCGUGGCACAUACCUGUCGUGGGAACAGAAAGAACUGCCUGCGGAGCAGAUGAAGGAGGAAACGGUGUUCAUUGGCAAGAUGCCAAUCAUGCUCAAGUCCAAGUACUGCAUCUUGAAGGACUUGAACGAGCAGUCUCUGUAUGGCUGGAACGAGUGCCCCUACGACUCGGGCGGUUAUUUUAUCAUCAACGGAAGCGAGAAAGUUCUGAUCGCGCAGGAGCGCAGUGCUGGCAAUAUCGUGCAGGUCUUCAAGAAAGCCCCUCCGAGCCCAACACCCUACGUGGCAGAAAUUCGCAGCGCGGUCGAGAAAGGGUCACGCCUUCUCAGUCAGCUGGCGCUUAAGCUUUUUGCCAAGGGCGACAGUGCCAAGGGAGGCUUCGGCCCGACUAUUCGAUCGACUUUGCCUUACGUCAAGACCGAUAUCCCCAUCGUGGUUGUCUUCCGAGCGCUAGGCGUCGUUUCCGACGAGGAUAUCCUGAACCACAUUUGCUACGACCGCAAUGAUACCCCGAUGCUGGAGAUGUUGAAGCCUUGUAUUGAAGAGGGUUUCGUCAUCCAAGACCGCGAGGUGGCGCUCGACUUCAUCGCCAAGCGAGGCUCAUCACAGUCGAACCUCAACCAUGAGAGGCGUGUGCGAUACGCGCGGGAGAUUAUGCAGAAAGAGCUGCUCCCUCAUAUCUCACAGAGCGAGGGCAGCGAGACGCGCAAGGCGUUUUUCCUGGGCUACAUGGUGCACCGACUCCUACAGUGUGCGCUGGGCCGCCGUGAUGUUGAUGAUCGUGACCACUUUGGAAAGAAGCGUCUUGAUCUGGCUGGUCCGCUGCUGGCGAACUUGUUCCGUGUUCUUUUCACUCGCGUUACUCGAGACCUGCAGCGCUACGUGCAGCGGUGUGUUGAGACGAACCGUGAAAUCUACUUGAAUAUCGGUAUCAAGGCCAGCACAUUGACCGGCGGUCUGAAGUAUGCUCUUGCGACCGGCAACUGGGGAGAGCAGAAGAAGGCUGCCAGCGCCAAAGCCGGUGUGUCCCAGGUGCUCAGUCGCUACACUUAUGCGUCUACUUUGUCACAUUUGCGCCGCACCAAUACCCCCAUCGGCCGAGACGGCAAGAUCGCCAAACCGCGUCAGCUCCACAAUACUCACUGGGGUUUGGUGUGUCCCGCCGAAACGCCCGAAGGUCAGGCUUGUGGUCUUGUCAAGAAUUUGGCACUCAUGUGCUACAUCACUGUUGGUACGCCUAGCGAGCCAAUCAUCGACUUCAUGAUUCAACGCAACAUGGAAGUCUUGGAAGAAUUCGAGCCCCAAGUGACGCCCAACGCUACCAAGGUGUUUGUUAAUGGUGUCUGGGUUGGUAUCCACCGCGAUCCGUCACAUCUCGUCAACACCAUGUUGUCGCUGCGCCGACGGAACAUGAUCUCCCACGAAGUCAGCUUGAUUCGGGAUAUUCGUGAGCGCGAAUUCAAGAUUUUCACCGACACUGGUCGUGUGUGCCGCCCACUUUUUGUCAUUGACAACGACCCCAAGAGUGAAAAUGCCGGAUCGCUGGUCUUGAACAAGGAGCACAUCCGGAAGCUGGAGCAAGACAAGGAUUUGCCACCUGAUAUGGAUCCAGAAGACCGCCGGGAGCGCUACUUCGGUUGGGAUGGCCUGGUGCGGUCGGGUGUGGUGGAGUAUGUGGACGCCGAGGAAGAAGAGACGAUCAUGAUCGUGAUGACACCCGAGGAUCUUGAGAUCUCCAAGCAACUUCAGGCAGGCUACGCCCUGCCCGAAGAAGAAACCAACGACCCCAAUAAGCGUGUCCGCUCGAUCCUGAGCCAGCGGGCGCACACAUGGACACACUGCGAGAUUCAUCCCAGCAUGAUCUUGGGUGUUUGCGCCAGUAUCAUUCCGUUCCCCGACCACAACCAGUCGCCCCGUAACACUUACCAAUCUGCUAUGGGUAAACAAGCGAUGGGAGUGUUCCUGACAAACUUUAACCAGCGUAUGGAGACGAUGGCGAAUAUCCUCUAUUAUCCUCAGAAGCCGCUGGCCACGACGCGAUCGAUGGAGUUCUUGCGAUUCCGCGAGCUGCCGGCCGGUCAGAAUGCCAUCGUGGCCAUUGCCACUUACUCGGGCUACAACCAGGAAGAUUCGGUCAUUAUGAACCAGAGCAGCAUUGAUCGCGGUCUGUUCCGCAGUUUGUUCUACCGCACUUACACGGACUCGGAGAAGAUGGUUGGCCUGACGGUGGUGGAGCGCUUUGAGAAGCCGAUGCGGUCCGACACCAUCGGAAUGCGCAAGGGUACUUAUGACAAGAUUGACGAUGAUGGUAUCAUUGCUCCCGGUGUGAGAGUGUCUGGAGAAGAUAUUAUCAUUGGCAAGACCGCCCCCUUGGCGCCUGAAGCGGAGGAGCUUGGCCAACGUACCAAGUCCCACACCAAACUGGACGUGUCGACGCCGCUGCGCAGCACCGAGAGCGGUAUUGUGGACCAGGUGUUGAUUUCGACCAGCAAUGACGACCUCAAGUUUGUCAAAGUGCGUAUGCGCACAACCAAGGUGCCCCAGAUCGGUGACAAGUUUGCCUCGCGCCACGGACAGAAGGGUACGAUUGGUAUCACCUACCGACAGGAGGACAUGCCGUUCACGCGGGAGGGUGUGGUUCCCGACCUAAUUAUCAACCCGCACGCCAUUCCAUCGCGUAUGACCAUCGCCCACUUGAUCGAAUGUCAGCUCAGCAAGGUGUCUGCGCUACGCGGGUUUGAGGGCGAUGCGACCCCGUUCACCGAUGUGACGGUGGACUCGAUCUCGCGGCUGCUGCGUGAGCACGGAUACCAGUCACGCGGGUUCGAAGUCAUGUACAACGGCCACACGGGCCGCAAACUGGUGGCGCAGGUGUUCCUGGGUCCGACGUACUACCAGCGCCUGAGGCACAUGGUCGACGAUAAGAUCCACGCUCGUGCGCGUGGACCGACCCAGAUUCUGACCCGGCAGCCUGUCGAGGGUCGUGCGCGUGACGGUGGCCUGCGCUUUGGAGAAAUGGAGCGCGAUUGCAUGAUCGCCCACGGCGCCAGCGCCUUCCUGAAGGAGCGUCUGUUCGACGUGUCGGAUCCGUUCCGUGUGCACAUCUGCGACGACUGCGGGUUGAUGACCCCUGUUGCAAAACUGAAGAAGGGCCUCUUCGAGUGCCGCCUGUGCAACAACAAACACCGCAUCUCGCAAGUGCACAUCCCGUACGCCGCCAAGCUUCUGUUCCAAGAGCUGGCCUCGAUGAACAUUGCCGCGAGGAUGUUUACCAAUCGCUCCGGGGUUUCUGUGCGGUGA